AGCUCCCAAGUGGGGCGGCGUUGCCGCCCCUUAGACAAAGUCCUUGACUUCUAGGCUUUCACCAGCUGGCCCCACUGCUGCUGCUGAUCGUGAUAAGCCAUCUUGGCUGGGGCCAGGCUAAGCCAGGGGACAUCAGCAUUAGGGACCACAGGGAUUAGGGCAACCAGAGUGCCAGGAAACCAGGAUGCUUGCAGAAUCUUUGUUUCAGAUUUAGGAGAACAAAAGUCUAUAACAGAAGACCUCCUCCUGGCUGAAGGAGGACAGAGGGCAAGACUCAGACAGAAAUCUGGGUCAGAGUGAGUUUAGGGUGACAGAUGCUGGGGGCAGGGAUGAGCGUAUCCAUCAUUUGUUGGCUCUGUUCCUCUCUCUCCCAGGUCCCCGUGUCACUGAAGUGCCUUCAGAAAUACAGCUCAGAGGGACCCUCAUUGGUAAGAGCUCACAGUGCCAGAACACCCGCUAUUCCUAGUCCCAUCUCAGCCUCCAUCCCCCAAGCCCCCUCCUCUAACUCUAUCCAACCCAUCCUACCCUCCCUUCUUCCCUAUACCUCCCCUCCUAACUUUCACCUUCCCAGGAGCAUUUUGUCAGCUCUUCUGACCCCAGAGGUGAUAUUUAAGUUCUUGGUGAAACAGCCUGCAUGGUACAUUAGGCAGAGCCAGAAACAGAUCCAUUCUCUCAAUAUCUUGAGCGCUGUUUUUUUCUCCACAGAUCCUAAGGGCUGUGUCAUCCUCCCUGGCCUACCCAGAUAAUUGCUGCUGUCCCUCAGCUUCCAAGAGGCAGUUCUGAUUCUCCAUCCUCUACAUCCCUCAUCAAUGGCCGACUGCAAAGGAGUGAGAGGCCAAAUUUAGAGCCAAGCUCCUGCCUAAACACCCAGAGAGCCUGAGGCUACAGGGCUGGAUGUCUCCUUGGCCUCACACCAACAGCCACACCAACACCAGGCUGGAGCCACAUUCUGUGCACAGAGGGCCUUGAUUUGUCACCCACUUCUGGCCUCAGAGAUAUUGGUCCUGCCUCUGCCAGGUCUCUAAUCUCUGCUCUUGACACUCCAGUCUCUUCUGGACUCAAGGCAAUGUUGCCUCAAAACAAGGAUCAGGUGCUGCUACAGAACGCAGCACCCCCUGGGCGGCCCCCUCAGGGCCCCUCACAACUUGUGGGCUCCCUUCCUCACAACCUACGACCUCUGUCUCCCCAACAAUCACUCCAUCCCACCCACCCCCCUUUCUCCCCUCCCUCACGGUCCCACUCUGCUGGCUCCCAUUUCUACUCUUCUGACUCAAAUUCUGACUUUCUCCUACAUCCCUUCUCCUCUCUCCCAAGUUCCCCCACUUUCUUUCAUCAGAAUUACCUCUCUCUCUCCCUGCCACGGUCUUCCUCACCCUCCCACCGGCUAUAUCCCUCUCCCACUCUCACUCACUCCUCUUCUCCCUCUCAGCCGCAGAACUCCUCUCUCCUGGUCUCCGGUUGCCAGUCUCCUUCCCAUCCUGAAGACCUGCCUAGCUCUACCCUCACCUCCCCCAGCCCCAGCCUACCUUCUGGCGAGGUCAGCUCUAACAGCCAGACAUGGCACUCGCAUCAGUACAGGGACCUCGGGUCCCUUGGGGUGGAGGGGGGAUGCGUGGCAAGCGAGAGGGACCCUGCAGAGUUCAGGGACCCAGGAGCCUUGGCCCAGGUCCUGGUGGUCCAUUUGGGGCACCGCCGCAUUGCCCGCGACCUGCAGCUACUGCUUUUGCAGCGCCUGUGGCUAGGCAGAACCGGCCAGGCCCCAGUCGUGGAGUAUCCUGUAUGCCUGGUGUGUCUCCGGCCCCGCAGCCCCUCUUGCCCCAUCCCCAAGUACAGGACUGGACCCAAACUGCUUGCUUUCCCCCAGCUGCUGCCCUGUGCACAGAACCAGGAAUCCGGACCACUCCGCAUGGGCAUUGGCUUUGGUCUCCGCCUGUCUCGGGGCCAGGCCAGGGCCUUGCAUCUGUUGCCAGAAAGAAGGCUGGGGGAAGUAGGGCCUCAGAACGAGGCUUCUCAGGCCCGUGGGUGUCAAACCCAGGCAGCUCAGGCCCCAGCACCUCGAGCCCCAGCAGCCCAGGCCCAGGUAGAUCAAGACCAAGGCACAUCCUCAAAGACUGGGAGCCUCAGGUCUGUAGGUCUUCAAUCACCAAACUCCACAGGCUGUUCAGGGUCUCCAACUCAGGCACCAAAACAGUUUACUGUCUCCCUGAAGCCCAGGCCUUCCUCUGCUCCAAAGAAGUCUGACUCUCCAGAACCCAUUCCCCGAAAGUCACUACCCUAGUUUCAGAGCCACGAAGGCUCCCUGGAGCACCUCCUCCAAACCCCACCAUCCCUGCCAGACCCCAGAUCUCGGGGAGCCCCCGAGACACUCUGAAGGGCUGGCUGGCUGGAGGUCAGGUGUGUUCUCCUGCCCUGAACCCUGGGAGCCCCUUGUGGAGUCUGCUCUCUCCUGGCUGAAGAGGACCAAGGGCGCCUGAGGCCCCACUUAGCAUUCAGCGUAUCCA